AUGACAAAUCUUACCAUUGAGAGCAAUCCAAAAAACACCACAGUACUUUUGAACAGCAGCUUGACACUUCUCUGUGUCACAAAUGCAAACCCACCCGCUGUAUAUCAUCUGUAUUUAAAUGAGACUUAUAUUAGCAACAGCAGCUCUGGAGUGUUUAACAUCACUUUUGAAGGCGAUGGAGUGUACACUUGUGUUCCAUUAAACGUAUUUGGCACGGGAAGCAAUGAUACUCUUAAUUUUGUUGUUGUUGUUCCUCCGUGUGCGGAAAUAUCAAACAAAACAUCUGUUGCUGCUCUGGGAGAGAGCUUGAAUUUUACAUGUACUGCAUCUGGCAAACCUAAGCCCAGAAUAGCAUGGACCAAGGUUGGCAGUUCAGAAGUGAUCUCUCAUGCAUUACAGGUCACAGUCAAUGUAAGCAGACCUGGGACAGAAGACAACAUGAUCCAGUAUCAAUGUACAGCCAGUAACGGAGUGGGGACACCAGCUAUAGCUACAGUCAAUGUUACAGUACAGUAUGCUCCAUUGGUGUCAGUUUCACCAGAGAAGGUUACCAUUGUUGAGGGCAAUAAGUUGUUAUUGACAUGUAAUGCAUCUGGUGAACCUGAACCGAGCAUAUCAUGGACAAGAAUUGGUAGUUCCAAUGUUCUCUCUGUUUCACCAUCACUAACUAUUGUGAAUGUGAGCAGACCGGGGACAGCAGACAGCAUGAUCCAGUAUCAAUGUACAGCCAGUAAUGGAGUGGGUACACCUGCUACGGCUACAGUUUACGUUACUGUUGUCUAUCCAGCAGUGAUUACAAAUCCAGGAAUUGAAACAUUUAACAUGAAAAGUGGUGAGAUCGUCAGCUUUUUGUGUCUUGGAGACGGUAAUCCUACACCAACGAUUACCUGGACAAUGAGAGAUGGUGUCAUCGAUUGGAAAUCUGUCAAUGAUCCCAGGAACGUGACCUUUGUGGUAAAAGCCUACAGCUCUGGUUGGUAUCUCUGCACCGUUGAAAAUAAAAUGAAUGCAGCUUUCAAAUGGUUUCGUCUUGUUGUAAAUGACGCCAAAUUUAGCCUCAAGUUAACAGUCACAAAUAGAGAUUGUAACAACAACCUUCAAGAAACCCUUCAACAAUUACCGUCUAAAGUAGGUGACGUGCUUGAAAAGGAUGUAUCGGAAUUGAAGGCAAUAGAAGUUAAAAGCUACAAGUGCGGUAGCCUUACUGUCUAUUUUUCUCUGGAAUUCAGUCGUAAUGUUGAUAUUAAUGAAGUUCUAUCAGUUCUAAACAACGCUGCUGUACCUGGAGUCAAAAGCUUUGGAGACUUUUCUGUUGAUCCAGAAUCAAUACGAGUGAUUCCUGAUGAUGAAAUUCCUUCCGAGUUACCUACCGGUACCAAUAAAGAGCCAACGGAUAUUAAAACUUGUGUCUGCUCUUGCAAAGAUGUGUUACUUGGAUCCAUAAUCGGAGUACUUCUUCUCAUCAUUUUUAUUUUUAUCAUCUAUGUGGUAUGGCUACACAAAAGAGAAACUGCUAGGAAACCAAGAACAAACGAAGACGACGGAGGAGUAUAUGAUAACGAAUUUGCUCUGAAAGAACUCGAGCCUAGCUGCCCUGAUUCAAGUCAUUUUAUUCAGCCUCAUUCAGAAUAUAUGGAUUUACGACAAGCCAGCGCAGAUAAAACCACAAUGCCGACUGUAAGCCAAAUUGGCGAUUACGCGCCUCUUCACCCAUCAACACGUUUAUGGGAAGUUCCGAGAGAUCACGUGACAAUAGAUAAAAUCGUUGGUAAAGGUGCUUUUGGUCAGGUUGCCAAGGGAAAAGUUGUAGAACUCCGAGGGAGGCCUGGCUUGACUACAGUUGCUAUUAAAAUGCUCAAAUCUAACGCUUCCGAGUCUGACAAAAGAGAUCUUAUGAAAGAACUGGAAACAAUGAAGCAACUGAAACCACAUCCUCACGUUAUCAAACUUCUGGGAUGCGUUAUGGAAUCCGGUGAGCCAACGAUGAUUCAACCACCAGUCGUGUCGUACUCAGUGACAGACUUUGGAAUGGCUAGAAAUGUGCAAGAGGAAAAUAUUUAUGAAAAGAAGACAAAGGGUCGCCUUCCAGUGAAGUGGACAGCUUAUGAGGCGCUGUUAUAUGGCAAAUAUACGACCAAAAGUGAUGUAUGGAGUUAUGGAGUUGUCCUCUACGAGAUUUUUACAAUAGGUGGUUCGCCUUAUCCACGGAUGGAUGGCAAGAAAAUUGCAAACUUACUUCAGCAGGGAUACAGAAUGCCCAAACCUCAGCACGUCGAUGAUAAGCUGUAUGAGAUAAUGAUGAAAUGCUGGCAAGAUGACCCCAAGAGGAGACCGACAUUUAUCGAUCUAAGAAAUCAGUUGAAAGGCAUGGAAACAUCACAUAAGAGGCUGAUCAACAUGAGGAUGUACGACAACAAGUUAUAUGGAAACAUUGAAGAUUUGGUCGAAUAGACAACUUGCGAAACGUCAUUAUCGUUGAUGGAAGCGUAUACUUUUAAGUUUACCCAUUUUUUAAAUUUUUUUUACUCCAUGAUACUCCCUUACAAUAAGCUAUAAAAUGCGGGGUAAGAAGAAAGUAUGUAAAAAAAUGCGGCCUUUCAAAAGCCAUUGAGGUAAAUAAAUAAAUUCGAUCUUUUUGGGUUCAGAUUUGAACAACUACUGUCAAAAUUGUCACUUUUUCAUAAUCAUUUCCCGGGACAUAUUUUGGUAGUUUGUGGUGAGACAUUCAGAUGAUUUAUUACUUUAUAUAAAUAUCAGGUCUCUUUUGCCUUUCAUCAUCCAGUUUCGCGGCCACAUAGAAUUUUGAAUAUAAUGUCAAUUAUCCAGUGUCUCCUUAUUUGCUGAAAGCUCAUGCCCUGUAGGUUGACUGAUAAUAAUGCAUUUGUACAAGAAAAUGGUUUGUAGUUGGUUCGUGCAGUGUAGUGAUAAGUGUAAUAUUAAAAUUCAUGGUAGUGAUAGAUCUCUGUUUGACAGUAAUACUUAUGAGAUCUGUUGUUAGUUCAAUCUCUUCGCUAUCAACACUGGUAAUGAAUUAUCAAAUUGCAAACUUAAAGGCAAGGUAAUAGAUUACAGAAAAGGCGAAAAAAAGGACGAUGCAUUUGCACACAGUUUGAAACUAGAAUU